GCGGUCCAUCGUUACAGCUUCACUCUUUAAAUAUUUGCGUGCCAUUUCCUGUCUCGGGGGAAUCUAUCGUCGUGCGAACCCUUGAGAGAAAAUGACACGGUGGGACAUACUUAAACUAGUGUAUGUCAUAUUUAUUGAAAUAGUUUUAAUGACCAACGCUGUGUUCUUCCUCAUUGCGACUUACAACUAUGCAAUGGAAUCUAGAUCAGUUGCCCGUCUUCUGUCGUUCUUUGCAGUUAUUGUCUUAUAUCUGUACGUAUCAUUCGUGUACAGUAUCUUUCUCUCAAAAUCGUUCCAAAUCUUGCAUGUUCGUUUUGCCAAGUACGAAGAACGGUACGGAUUCAGCGAUGGAUUCAAAACGCGGAUGAAGAAGCUGAGAGCAAUUGCUAUUGUGCUUCCUCUAUUCACGGUAUUAGUUGUUCCACUUAAAUACUUAAUGGCGAGCGUCUAUCCUGAAGUCAUGAACGAUAUCCUCCCUUCCAACACCUUCAAUGAACCUGGGAAAUCAGUUGGAAUAGGUAUCACGUACCUGGGAUACACAUCUUUGGAGAUUCACUGGCAUACUAAUUAUAUCAGUGCAUACGUGCUGUCGCUGUUUUUGUGGCACGAAUUUAACCGUGUAGAAACACAAUUCAAGGAACUUACGAACAGUUACUGUGAAGACACUGAAUCCAGGUUCAACACUUUGGUCAUUCAUCAUGGUCACAUAACUGAAGUCCUUGAGGAUAUCAGCAACUAUAUGCAACACUUCAUUUUCUGUUGUGUAUUCCUGACUUUGCCUGUGGCCUGUGCUCUCAUAUAUUCCAUUUUAUCAAGUCCAUAUAGUUCCGUAGAAGUAAUUACUUACAGCUGUGGACUUGGCUGGUCUGUGUUGGGCUUGGGUUUCAUACUACUUACUGCGGCAUUGGUUAGUUCAAAGGCUCAUGGGACUCUACAGUAUGUAUGGAGGCUUGACAAAGAACGUUUCUCUGACAAAGGACUGCAGAAGAUGAACCUGUUUGUGUCAAGAUUGACGGGUAACAGUAUCGGCUUCAACAUUCACGGCCUCUUCACCAUCACCAUGCCAGUACUUCUCGGGAUCGUAGGAACACUGGCCACCUACAUAAUUGUGGUUGUGCAGUUCAAGCCAUCAGAUUCGUCGUGUCAAUGCAACUGGUUCAGGAAUGUCACAAAGAGUGAUAUGUGAUUUUUUUCAUAAUAUUUACCA